CCUCCACAGUGUGAAGGGUCUCCCCCGCGUCCUGACGCGCUCCUCUGCUUUUCUCAGCGGAAACCUUUAACUGCCUGGAGCAUGCAGCGUGCUCUGUGUAAAGGUUAGUGAGGGCGGAUCACUGCUGGACACCCCCGCCGUCCAGCACCCCGGGGUCGCGCUUUGUUUGCCGUGAGGACCCUCAGUUUCUUUCGCUAUAAAUCUCCGGAUCUCCUAAAAAAAUGGACCCUUUACAAAAUGGGAAUAAUGGCGAGGAGGACUCGCAUUGUGCUGAGGAAGAGGAAGAAGUGGAUCCAAGAAUCCAGGGAGAACUGGAGAAGUUAAACCAGUCCACAGAUGACAUUAACCGCUGGGAGAGCGAGCUGGAGGACUGCCGCCAGAGGUUUCGUGCGGUGCUGGUGGAGGCAACAGUGAAGCUGGACGAGCAGGUGAAGAGGAUCGGAAGAGCUGUGGAUGACUCCAAACCGUACUGGGAAGCCCGCAAAGUAGCACGACAGGCCCAGGUUGAAGCCCAGAAGGCCACUCAGGAGUUCCAGCGGGCAGUGGAAAUCCUGCGGGCAGCUAAGGAGACCAUCGCCUUGGCCGAGGAGAGACUGCUGGAGGAGGACAGCCGCCAAUUUGACUCCGCCUGGCAGGAAAUGCUCAACCAUGCCACACAGAGGGUGAUGGAGGCGGAGCAGGCGAGAACACGCAGUGAAGCUGAACACAGGAAAACAGCAGCCAAUUACAACUCCUGCAUCAGCCACAUGAGGCAGUUAGAGAAGAAACUCAAACGCUCCAUCAACAAAUCCAGGCCGUAUUUUGAACUGAAGGCCAAGUAUUAUCUACAGCUUGAGCAACUGAAGCGUCUUGUGGAUGAGCGCCAGGCCAAACUUGUGGUCGCUAAGGCCGAGUACCGCGCGGCGCUGCGCAACCUAGAGAGCAUCUCCGAAGAGAUCCAUGCCCAGCGGCGCUCCCUUGUCAUGGGAACCAGGGAGCAGGGUGUCGGCGCGGAGGGGGAUGAAGGCAACGAGGACAUCGCCAACUUCAAGAUGGAGUCAGACGGUCUGUCAAUGGUGUCCGUAUCAAUUGACGAAGAGGGAUGUCACAGUAGCAGCUCAGAGGAGGAGACAGACACUCACUCCACCUCCUCACCCCGAGCCGUGUCCUCUUCGCCUUCCUCACCCUCCUCCCAUCCUUCCACCUCUGCCUCCAACCCCCUUGACAUGCCCUGCACUUACUCCUCGUCCUCGCUCUGCAGCCCCUGCUCCUCCCCCUCCUCCUCCUCCUCCUCCUCCUCUGCCCUCUCCUCCUCCUGUCCCAGUGGCCUGGAGGUAGUGAGCCCCUGUAGCUCUCAUGACCCAGAGUCAGUGUGCGGUUCCGGGCAUGCCUCACCUCUCCUGGGCCCUCGCAGCCAGUGCAGUGGCGCUUCCUCUCCAGACUGCGACCAGGAGAGAGGUGACAGAGCUGAGGGAGCGGAGGCAACGCUAGAAGCUGGUUUGAACAAGCUAACCUUUACUGUUGCACAAAAGGAAGAAGCGGGCUCCGGGGACGAACAAGACCCCCAUUACCUUGACCCUGACAUUUCCUCUCCCAGCUCAGCCACUACCAUUCUACUACUCAACAGUGUCUAAUUCACAUCUGUGGGACACUCCCUGUGCCCGGCUUCAAGCCUCAGACUGGACUCAGCAGGGCAGGAGGAAGUGCACACUCCCAGCUCCAACCAACCAUUAUGUCUCCAUGUUGUCUAAACAUCAGAUGGUGUCAUAUUAAAGGUGCUAUAUGUAGUGUAUCUGAACAUCAGUACAUUGUUGUCGAAUAAAUUGUGAACACAUGUGGAUGUAUUGUAAACACAUAAGAGCAGGGGCAGGAUGAUUCGUAAUUUGUAUUAUUAGUGCUGACAUUAUUCAAAACACUUCAUUUCCCAUAAACCCCCUUCCUUCCGGUUGCAAAGGAUGCUCUGUUUCGGCUGACGGGGCAAAUAUUUUGUUCCAGAAAGAAACCUGUGUUGUACAGAAUGACAGAUUUUCUUUCCUGUCAGUCCUCUCAACAAUGGUGUAACUCGUCUCCAGCUUUAUAGUGAAGUGUCGAAGUGAAACAUUUAUUGAUGUUGAUAUGCUACAGUUUGCACCACUGAGGGAUGUUUUGUAUUGAUGUGAACAGUGAGCCUCUGUUGUGGAUCUGAACCUCCACUUGAAGGACAGAAUGGGACGAAACAAAUUGUGGGAUGUUGGAUUAUGUCUUGUUCUGCCUUAUUUAUUGAGCUCCUCCUGUAACUCCUAAAUGUCAAUUUUCAACGAACGUGGAGGAAAGUGGAGUGCAAGCAGCACUCUGAGCACUAAACUGAAGAAGAGACUUUCUCCAGACGGGACUGAACCUUUUCAGACACAAAUGGUCUUCCGUUUGGAUUCGUGAAUGAGUGAGUGAAUGUGUUCUUGAGUCCAUGCCACCGUCUGACGUGGUGGUGAUUGAGAUGAUUGAGCUAAUGAUUUUUUUUAGUGUGUAUUUGUUGUGCUCAAAUGCUCUAAUGCUACCCCGUAAUACAGAUAUUCUAUAUUUAUACUCCUGUAUUCUUGUAUAUGAACAAUGUUUUGUGGUUACUGUUGUUAUUGUUUAAA